AAUACUUCCCUAAAAUAAUCAUCAUUCCCCUCCAUAAAAUCUAACAAAUUAUUUCAUUCGAUGUGGGUAUUCGCGUCUGAUUCUAUUCCCUUUCCUCCUCUUGCCCUGCUGCCCACUUCACCUCGCCUCUUUAUUCUGGUUCGAUUCAAGAGAAAAUUGAAGGUUUGAAAGAGCUCAGAUCAUCAAGUGGAUGUGGUGUAACAAGGGUGUAUGUGGUGUAACAAGGGUGUAUCUUUUUCUCUUUUCAUCGGAAAAAGAUAGCGGAAUCACAGUGAUCAUUUUCUCCACAGGACUAUUUUCCAAUUCAGAGAAGUGAAAAGAAUUGGGUCUGAGGAGGGAUGGGAGAAGGUCAGGCUAGUCUUCUGCUGAAGAAACAACUCAAAGAAUUGUCGAGGAAUCCAUUGGAUGGAUUCUCAGCUGGACUUGUGGAUGACUCCAAUAUCUUUGAAUGGAAUGUAACUAUUAUCGGACCCCCAGAUACACUGUAUGAAGGUGGAUAUUUUAAUGCAAUCAUGAGUUUUCCACCGAACUAUCCAAAUAGCCCUCCUUCCGUGAGAUUCACAUCAGAGAUGUGGCAUCCUAAUGUAUAUCCAGACGGACGAGUUUGCAUAUCAAUCCUUCAUGCACCAGGAGAUGAUCCAAAUGGCUAUGAGUUGGCGAGUGAACGGUGGUCACCUGUACACACGGUAGAAACCAUCCUCUUAAGUAUCAUAUCAAUGUUGUCGAGUCCGAAUGACGAAUCACCAGCAAAUAUUGAUGCAGCGAAGGAAUGGCGAGAACAUAAAGAAGAAUUUAAAAGGAAGGCCAGGCGAAUUGUCAGGAAAUCACAGGAAAUGUUCUGAGAUGAAUAUUUUUAUGGAGAUUUGAACUGACUUUUUUUUAAACCCGAUGGAAAGUUAAAUUUAAUCUCGGGGUCCCUAUAUCUAACAGUAUGUUGUAUGCAUGUGUUUUGAUAUCUUAAUCAAGCUUGGAAACUUGUCUUUUUGUGUAGAA